AUGGAGGAAGAAAGCCGUAGAAUUCCUAGCAAGAACAAGAAACCGCACGUCGCCGGCGAUUUACCGCCCGCAGCCGGAGCAUCCAGAGAGCCUGUCCACGAGAACACUCCCUGGGAUGCCGUACCAGCCCACGAAUCUCAGGCGUCGGAGAAGAAAGGACAGGUCACCGGAUGUUCACCACCCGACGCCGCCGCCGGAGCAUUCACAGAGCCUCUCAACAAGAACGCUCCCGCCGACGCCGUGCUACCCCAGGAAUCUAAGGUGUCCGAGAAGCAAGGACCGCAGGUCGCCGGAUGUCCAGACGCCGUGCUAUCCCAGAAAUCUCAAGCGUCGGAGAAGAAAGGACAGACGCAGGUCGCCGGAUGUUCACCACCCGACGCCGCCGCUGGAGCAUCCACUGACGCCGCCGCCGGAGCAUCCACAGAUCCUCUCCAUGGGAACGCUCUUCCCGACGCCGUGCUAUCCCAGAAAUCUCAGGAGUCGGAGAAGAAAGUACAGGCCGCCGCUGGAGCAUCCACAUUCACCGUAUGUUCACCAUCCGACGCUGCCGCCGGAGCAUUCACAGAGCCUCUCCACAAGAACGCUCCUGCCGACACCGCGCUUGCCCAGGAAUCAAAGGCGUCGGAGAAGAAAGGACAGGUCGCCCGAUGUUCACCACCCGACGCUGCCGCCGGAGCAUUCGCAGAGCCUCUCAACAAGAACGCUCUCGCCGACGCCGUGCUACCCCAGGAAUCUAAGGUGUCCGAGAAGCAAGGACCGCAGGUCGCCGGAUGUCCAGACGCCGUGCUAUCCCAGAAAUCUCAGGCGUCGGAGAAGAAAGGACAGACGCAGGUCGCCGGAUGUUCACCACCUGACGCCGCCGCUGGAGCAUCCACAGUCACCGUAUGUUCACCACCUGACGCCGCCGUCGGAGCAUCCACAGAUCCUCUCCAUGGGAACGCUCUUCCCGACGCCGUGCUAUCCCAGAAAUCUCAGGAGUCGGAGAAGAAAGUACAGGCCGCCACUGGAGCAUCCACAGUCACCGAAUGUUCACCAUCCGACGCUGCCGCCGGAGCAUUCAUAGAGCCUCUCCACAAGAACGCUCCCGCCGACGCCGCGCUAGCCCAGGAAUCAAAGGCGUCGGAGAAGAAAGGACAGUUCGCCAGAUGUUCACCACCCGACGCCGCCGCCGGAGCAUUCACAGAGCCUCUCAACAAGAACGCUCCCGCCGACGCCGUGCUACCCCAGGAAUCUAAGGUGUCCGAGAAGCAAGGACCGCAGGUCGCCGGAUGUCCAGACGCCGUGCUAUCCCAGAAAUCUCAGGCGUCGGAGAAGAAAGGACAGACGCAAGUCACCGGAUGUUCACCACCCGACGUCGCCGCUGGAGCAUCCACAGUCACCGUAUGUUCACCACCUGACGCCGCCGCCGGAGCAUCCACAGAUCCUCUCCAUGGGAACGCUCUUCCCGACGCCGUGCUAUCCCAGAAAUCUCAGGAGUCGGAGAAGAAAGUACAAGCCGCCGCUGGAGCAUCCACAGUCACCGUAUGUUCCCCAUCCGACGCUGCCGCCGGAGCAUUCACAGUGCCUCUCCACAAGAACGCUCCCGCCGACGCCGCGCUAGCCCAGGAAUCAAAGGCGUCGAAGAAGAAAGGACAGGUCGCCAGAUGUUCACCACCCGACGCCGCCGCCGGAGCAUUCACAGAGCCUCUCAACAAGAACGCUCCCGCCGACGCCGUGCUACCCCAGGAAUCUAAGGUGUCCGAGAAGCAAGGACCGCAGGUCGCCGGAUGUCCAGACGCCGUGCUAUCCCAGAAAUCUCAGGCGUCGGAGAAGAAAGGACAGACGCAGGUCGCCGGAUGUUCACCACCCGACGCCGCCGCUGGAGCAUCCACAGUCACCGUAUGUUCACCACCUGACGCCGCCGCCGGAGCAUCCACAGAUCCUCUCCAUGGGAACGCUCUUCCCGACGCCGUGCUAUCCCAGAAAUCUCAGGAGUGGGAGAGGAAAGUACAGGCCGCCGCUGGAGCAUCCACAGUCACCGUAUGUUCACCAUCCGACGCUGCCGCCGGAGCAUUCACAGAGCCUCUCCACAAGAACGUUCCCGCCGACGCCGCGCUAGCCCAGGAAUCAAAGGCGUCAGAGAAGAAAGGACAGGUCGCCAGAUGUUCACCACCCGACGCCGCCGCCGGAGCAUUCACAAAGCCUCUCAACAAGAACGCUCCCGCCGACGUCGUGCUACCCCAGGAAUCUAAGGUGUCCGAGAAGCAAGGACCGCAGGUCGCCGGAUGUCCACACGCCGUGCUAUCCCAGAAAUCUCAGGCGUCGGAGAAGAAAGGACAGACGCAGGUCGCCGAAUGUUCACCACCCGACGUCGCCGCUGGAGCAUCCACAGUCACCGUAUGUUCACCACCUGACGCCGCCGCCGGAGCAUCCACAGAUCCUCUCCAUGGGAACGCUCUUCCCGACGCUGUGCUAUCCCAGAAAUCUCAGGAGUCGGAGAAGAAAGUACAGGCCGCCGCUGGAGCAUCCACAAUCACCGUAUGUUCACCAUCCGACGCUGCCGCAGGAGCAUUCACAUAG